CCCAGAGAAGACAUGCAUUCACCAUACUGGGUGCAGAAAAAUCUGUUCACACUUGCAGGAAACGCAUGCGCAAAGAGGAAACCAACUGGUUUGUGUCAAGUGGAGGCAGACGGAUGAUCGGGCUGAAAUCACCUGUAUUCUGGCAUUCAUGGUGACACAUCCAUGGGCUCAGAGCGGGUGGAGAUGCGUAAAAGACAGAUGCAGGUUCACCAGGAAGCAGCUGCCAGUGUCCUCCAAGCGCACCACAAGAUGGGAAACACCCCCACCAACGCCUCAAACGCCUGUUGCUUCUGCUGGUGCUGCUGCUGUAGCUGCUCCUGUUUGACUGUUAGGAGUGACGAUGAAACCAUUCAGAGGUCUACGUUUGAGCACAGGCCAGAAGGAAACGCUCACUGUGAAGAAAGCCCAAAGCCGACCCUGGAAGACGCUCGCUCCUGGGUGGUGUCGUUUGAAAAGGUGAUGAAGAGCGCAGCCGGGCGAAGCUGCUUCAGGCAGUUCCUGAGGACAGAGUUCAGCGAGGAGAACAUGAUGUUCUGGCUCGCCUGCGAGGAGCUCAAAAAGGAGACGAACAAGACCGUGGUGGAGGAGAAAGUCCGUCAGAUUUACGAGGACUUCAUCUCCAUUCUGUCCCCUAAAGAGGUGAGUCUGGAUUCACGGGUUCGAGAGGUGAUCAACCGCAACAUGUUGGAGCCAACCUCGCGCACCUUCGACGACGCCCAGCAGCAGAUCUACACUCUGAUGCAGAGAGACUCAUACCCUCGCUUCAUUAACUCAUCAGCUUACACAGAUCUGCUCAAGAGCCUGGAGGAACCCCCACCCGAACCAUAGACUCUCUAUCACACACACACACACACACACACACACAC